UCUUGUCCAUGCCUUGUCUUCACCCUUAAAUAUCAAUCUCCCUUUCAUUUCUCACCAUCAACACAAUAAUUCAAGAGCUUCCAUAUAUUCUAUUGAAUUUCAGAGCCAAAAAAAAUAGGAACAAACAAUCAUGAGAACUAUAUCCCUUCAUUCAACCUCAUUUUCACUUCUUGAGUUCCAUGGUACCAAGAAUUUGGCACACAGCAGCAGGAUCAAUGGAUCGGUUUCGUUAAUUCCAAUGGCAAGGUCUCAAUUUCAGCCUAAAAAAAGACGUGACAUUGGUACUAGCAAUAGAAAUCCAAGUUUUAGCUGGAUGGCAACAGUUGGAGAGAAAGUGCAGAACUCCACUGUUCCUACUUCUGUUCCUGUUCGAGUUGCACUGGAAUUGCUUCAAGCUGGCCAUCGUUAUUUAGAUGUCAGAACUGCUGAAGAGUUCAGUGAUGGGCAUGCUGCUGGGGCCAUAAACAUUCCUUACAUGCUUAGAAUUGGAUCAGGUUUGAUUAUUAGUAAUUCAAUAGUACUCUCUUUUUCUGAGUACUCGAUAAUAACAAUAUUUAAGUUUUUCAAUUUAUUUUUUUACAAGUGUCCUCUUUAUUUCCAAGUGGCAACCAUGCACUAUAGAUCAUUUUCUACAAUUGUUACUGAGUUCUCAAAAAUUGAAAUGGUGGCAGUUACUAACUAGUUCGCCUGGUUUCUC